AUUUGAGCAUAUGCUAAAAUGGCAUCCACCUAUAUUAUUAUUAAAUUUUUGAUCCACUUUCUCUUGUCCUUCCACCCACUACAAAACAAUCAAUCCUUCAGCGGUUUCACGCUCAGGCCCCUGCCCCUCGAUCCUUAAACUGUAAGUAGUUUUUGGUGUUUUUUCAUCUGAGCCAAAAAUCAAAUUAUUCACUCGAAUUAAUCAUUAAUCUCAAAAUCAAUCGGGGUCAGAACUCAGAACUGAAAAGGCAAAAAACCAUGCCUUACGGUUCAGUCUUUGCUUCCAUAGAGAGCCAACUGCAAUGGCUGAAAGAUACCAAGUACAGUUACUCCCACAGCAAUCAUAUCAGCCCCAGCGUUUUCCAGAUCCCCGAUAAGCUGAAGGAGACAAAACCCCAGUCCUACAUUCCCCAAUUUGUUGGGCUCGGACCCUAUCACCAUUUUCGGCCCGAGGUCCAACUCAUGAAGACCAAAAAGCUCGACGCCAUUCGUGAAAUCCUGGGGAUCCAGGACGUAGACGAGUUCUGGGAUAAAGUAGCCCGAUUCAAUGACGCCAACAAUGACUUGGAACCCAAAUGUCGUUCGUGUUAUGAUCAACUUUUCGAGCUGGAUACGAUGGUGCUGGCGUGGGUCCUGAUUGUGGACGCCGCGUUCUUGAUCUACUUCAUUCGGACAUGUUUGAAACGCGACAAAAGUGUUUGGGACCAGAUUUAUGUGGAUAUGGAGGAGGAUUUGGUUCCGGAUGUAUUCAUGCUGGAGAAUCAGAUCCCAUUCAUCCUCGUAAAUCUUGUCCUUAAGACUCUCGAAAUUUCGGGUACUGAAAGCUGCGCCGACGACUUCAACCGUUUCUGCCUCGAGAAUUCCCCGAUUUAUGUACGAAGUUUGCAAGAUAUCCCGAAACUAAGAGAUCCCAAAACCGUGUUUGAAGGCAGCAGGCACAUGAUUGAUUAUAUGUACAAGAUGAUUCUUCAAGAUCGCCCGGUCCCACUUACUCUUCUUGCAGAUCUAAAGAAGAUAUUCUUGGACUGCAUCAUUUCCAUAUUUCAGAUAAUACUAACGGGCGGAUUGAUCACUCUUUUGCCUUUUUUCCAGCGCAAUACCGAGAGAUUUUGGUUCGUCGUGUCGGAAUUCAAGUCUGCCUUUUUCGCAGGACAAACUAAACCGAAGCCUGAGGAAAUCGUACUGACUCGACGGAGGAAACUAAUCCUGAAAAACAGUUUUUCAGUUGAAGAAAUUCCUUCGGUGUCCAGGUUGUGUGGAAUUCUUAGCAUGCGAGUGAUGCCGCUUCCGGAAGGCCGGGGCAUUACUCAUAUGGGUUUGUCGGAGGAAAAGUCUGAACUCCGUUUGCCGAGAAUCGUAAUGAGAUCCAGCAGUUCAGAGACUAUUCUCAGGAAUUUGGUUGCUUAUGAAUUAGCCUUACCAAAAGGGGCGGGGGGUUCGACCCCUUUGCGGGAUUUUGUCAAUCUAAUGUGUGGACUCGUGAAAUCGAAGAAAGACGUGGAAUUGUUAAGGAGUAAUGGGAUUAUAGAGAAGGAGAUAAGUACGAUGUCGGAUGAUGAGAUUCUUGAGGUCUGGAACGGAUUGAAGAAUUCGGUUUCCGGCUGCGGUGGGGUCCAGAUCAUUUCGGACGUGAAGGAAGUGUUCGAGGGGGCAAGAUUUGUCAGAUGGACGAGAUGGGUUGUCGGAGGUGUAGUCAAGUUUCUGAAUUAUUUUUCAUUCUUAACCUGGUUUGUCAGGUGGAUUACGGAUUUGAUUUCCCUUUUCAAGCCGGUGAUUCUGUUACUUGGCGCCGCCCUCAUUGGCUAUGGUUCUGCUUGUGGUAUCCACGGCUGCGACCGAAACCCUGCUGGCGGUGGAGAUGCGGCUUUACAUAUGGCUGGAUUCAUGCUCCCCAGGAAGUUUCUUCCACAAUGAUUUUAUUCAUCAACUCUCACCUUGUAUUCUUGUACUAGUAGCUUAAAUAAUUAUAGGUGAGCAAAAACUUAAACACACACACACACACACACAUUUCUAAGGCUAUAUUCGGUUUGCCUUUUAGCGAGUUUUUUCAUAAUUAAAUAUUAAUAAUUGUCACAUUCCAUCUUUUUUGCAUUUCUAAUAGGAAAAAACCUAAAAACACACACCAAAAGAAUAAUCCAAACAUAGCAUGAGUUUAUUGGUUAAGUCUUGUGUAAUUUAUUUGUCUCGCAUGAUUAAGGUCCUGUAAAUAUUUUUGGGUACAUAAAAAAUGGG